GCCAUUGGUCGCAACGACACUGUCGUUGUUUGUUGACGAUGAUGACGUAUGAGGGCGCAGUUGGGACUGAAAACAAGAGUGGUGCUGCGUAAUUUCGCUGUUCAUUCUUCGUUUUUGCGUAACGCUGGAUACAGACAACCGUAAGGUGGUGGAAAUAUGUCAGAGAGUUCAAGUGACACCGAGUCUUCUUGCGGAUGGACCAUCAUAAGUAAUGAGGGCUCAGACAUUGAAACCCUGGGGCCAGAGCAUGGAGCGGACAGCAAGCCUCAGCGUUCUGAGAGUCUGGAUGGGGAGGAGACACAGGAGGAGGAGGAGGAGGUACAGGAGGAGGUGCAACAGGAGCCAUCUGUGCUUCAGGCUGAGCAACACAGUGAAUCAUGGAUUGAGUCAUCUCUUGACAAUACUCUAAAAGAGGAAACGCAUGAACAGCCAGAAGGUGUUUCUGAGGCCGUGGUUGGGCAUGUGACACUGUGUUCCUCGAGCGAGCACUCGGAUAUCAUGACUCUAGAACCAUUGAUGGUGGCAGAGCCAGAGGCAUCAUGGGAGGAGCAACAGGACCUCUACUUGGGCACCUCCUCCAGUAGCCAGUACACAUUCAGCACCUUGGAGACGACUCCAGGCUUGUUCGUGGGCCAUUGGAAGCUUCCAGAAAGUCUCUGGGACUUGGGCAGUCGUCUGAAAGGGCAUCUGUCUGGCAGCUGCUCGGUCUCAGCCUCACUGCCUGUGGAGCCCUCAGGGAGAGACUCCAGCAGCAGCAGUGGGGAAGAGGAGGUGCGGGAGCCCAGCCCGGCACUGCGGAGGCGCAGGGUGAGGAAGAGCACAGCCUCCACGUCUGAGACGGAGGAGGCUAAGAGUCUUGGGCCUGGCCAAGAGGGACCGACCAUGCAGCAGGAGCAGGAGGUGCAGGAGGUGCAGGAGGUGCAGCGGGCACCUCCUCCUCCAGGACACGGCAGUGGAACUCUUAACAAGUGCAUCCUGCUGGCCCUGGUGAUCGCCAUCAGCAUGGGCUUUGGUCACUUCUACGGUACGGUCCAAACCCAGGAGAGGCAGAAGAUGGCGGAUAAAAUGCGCGGGAUCGAGCCGAGCGAUGCGGCUGCAGACCUGCAGAAGUGUCGCAGGGAGAGAGACGUCAUCGCGCAGAGCAAGGAAGUGGUUCAGCACCUGAGAGAAGACCUAGAGGAAAAGCAGGCCAUGGUGCUCUCCCUCACUCAGAUUAUGGAUAAGAUAACUAAAGAGAACCAUCAGCUCAGGUUGAAACAGUCUCAGCAACAGGCCCAGAAAAAAGAGCUCACUGAGAGACUAAAGCAGAGCGCGCAGGAGAAGAAUGAUAUGGAGUUCCAUCACAGACACUUGGCCACAGAGAACCAGCAGCUGAUGAGCUCACUGGAGCACGAGGAGCAGUCACUGUCCGCCCUGCAGGAGGAGCUGCUGGGCCUCCGCACCCAGAUCCGGGACCUGGAGGAGAGGGGCGCGGGGGCUGAUUCCGUCUUGUCGGAGAACCAGAAGCUGAAGGAGCACCUGGAGGAGGAGAAGCAGCGCAUCCGGCUGUUCCUCAGCCAGAAGGAGGCGCUGGUGGCAGAAGCGCAGACGUUGCGGCAGGAGCUGGACCGGGAGCGGAAGGCAACAGACCAACUGAAGGAGGAGCUGGAGCAGCUGAGCGGCCAGAGCACGGCGGAGUCUGACCCGGAGACAGAGGAGCUGCGGGCCAGGCUGGCCGAGCUGGAGAAAAAGCUGAGCUUUGAGCAGCAGCGCUCUGACCUGUGGGAGAGGCUGUACGUAGAGACCAAGGAGGACCGGGCAAAGGGAGACCAGCAGCCCAGAGCCAAGAAGCCCCGGGAUGGCAUCAUCGGAAAGGUGAAGGACACCUUCGACGCCGUCAAGAACUCCACCAAGGAGUUUGUUCACCACCACAAGGAGCAGAUCAAGAAGGCCAAGGAGGCUGUGAAGGAGAACCUCAGGAAGUUCUCAGACUCUGUGAAGUCCACCUUCCGCCACUUUAAGAAUUCUGCCUCUCGUGUAUUUGAAAAGGCCCGUAAGCCUCAAGACAGGAAAUUCCACGAGAGGAAAGCAGGACUCCACGGGCGCCAGCAGGACCGUUCAAGGGAGCACAAGCAGGAGAAGGACUCUGGCAGUUCUUCUUGGCAGGCUCGGCCCCACAAACCCCUGCAUCAGCACCCACGCAAAUCUACGGCUGAUACCUUUCAGGCUGACCGUAACACCAGAAAGCCAGGGCCUACAGCCCAGAAGGACUCUGACUCAGCUCGUCACGGGAAGAGGCCUAAGGGGUGCUCUGGCGUAUUUGACUGCGCCUAUCAGGAAUCCAUGAGCCUGUUUAACAAGGCCCUGGAGCCCAUCCGAGCAGACGAGUUCAACCAGCUGAUCCACAGCUACCUCCAGCAGGAGGUAGACCACUUCCACCACUGGGGGGAGCUGGAGAGCUUCAUCAACAGCUUCUUCCACAAUGGUGUCUUCAUCCAUGAUCAGAUGCUGUUCACAGACUUUGUCAGUGGUGUGGAGGACUACCUGGAAGACAUGGAUGAAUAUCAGCGCUACAACGAUGAUGUAUUUGAAGAUCUUGAUGAUUAUGUCUACAAGCACUUCUUUGGAGAUAGCUAUUCAAAACAGUUUGGGCCUAGUAGACCCAUUGCAAAGCCAACCACAAAAAGGAAGCAGGACAGGCCGUCCCGGCACCACUGGCAGCAGCACCGGGCUCAUCCUCGCCCCCAAAAAGAGAGGAAGUGGAGCAAGCCGGGACGUUCUACUGGCAGACAUAUGGCAGAUGUCAAAAUCGAGCUUGGCCCCUUGCCUUUUGAUCCAAAAUAUUAACAGUGUCCUAGUCAAACCAUUUGUUUUGAUGAUUGCUUAAUCUGAAGUGGAAUUUUUUUUUGCUGUAGUUCAUCUGAUGGAUUUGACAGAAAAAUUCUUUAAUUUUUUUUUUUUUUUUACUUUGCACAGUGUUUAGUUUUAAAGUUAAGUUUUUAAAAAAUUCAACUCACGGCUGGCUAAAUGGUUUGUUGCAUUCUUGUGUGGUGCUGCAAAUCAUUUCUGUCCUGGAUCGGCAGCUGUGAUGUUGCUCUGUCUUUAACUUCAUGAGUCAUGUGGCCACAAACACACUGAAAUAUGUUGCAGUAUUGUUUCCUGUAAAUUUUUGCCAUUGCAAUAAGUCUGUUCUGUUUCUUGGGGAGUGGUUGUGAAUUGCAUUGUACCAAAAGCUUUAUUGCAGAUAUUGCUAAGGUUAGUUAUCUUUAGAUCUUCUUUUCUCCAGGGUUUUGUCAAUAGUGUAAUUCACUGUCAUCUCUUGUCAAAUUUGAAGGUUAUACAAGAGUUGUAGUAUAACUGAACAUCUCCUUUAUACCAUAUAAAUUAAUCUGGAUAUUAGCAAUUCCCAAACACUGGUACGGUGUUGAUAUUUGGCAUAACAAUAAGUGCAGUAUAACUACACAACAGAUUUAAUCCUAUAUCUGAAAAGCAAUUAUAUUACGUGGCACAUUACCACAGAUUUCUGGCAAAGGACCAAAAUACUAGUCUAAUUUAAUUCUUUUCUGGGAGAUUUGAUGUGCUGAGUUGAUUUUCUCUUAGAUUAAAAUUGUGAUUUAUUAACCUAUAUUUUCCCUAUAAUAAAUAAGUCACUUAUUUCGAAUUCCUGCAUGUACAGUACUUGGACCAUCAUAGUCCAUCCAAAUGCAUUGUGUGGAUUUGUCUUUUUGCUGCUAUUUUUGGAAAUUAAACAAGUGUGCAUUUGCAAUAUAGAAAAAGAUAAUUUGCUAAAAAGUCCAAUAACAUUCCAGUGAAUUGUAGUUUCUUUUUCUUGCGCUGAUGAAACAUUUUUGUUUUCCUUACAGUUAUGAUGAUAAAGGUCAGUUCACAGUAGCUGUCUAGUAAUAAAAAGGAAAAAAGUU